CACAGCUUCUGCACACCUCCCAGCUCUUGCUGCUCCCGCUAAACCAUGGCCCCUAAGAAAGAACUGAGGAAGGAACCUGCCAAGGCAGCUCCCGCACCCCCGCCUCCAGCACCAGAGCCCCUCAAGGAGCCUGUCUUCGACCCCAAGAGUGUGAUGAUUGAUUUCAGUUCGGAUCAGAUUGAAGAGUUCAAGGAGGCUUUUGCCCUUUUUGACAGGACUCCCACCUGUGAAAUGAAGAUUACCUACGCACAGUGCGGGGAUGUCUUGCGUGCCUUAGGACAGAACCCUACUAAUGCUGAAGUUAUGAAAGUACUUGGCAAACCCAAACCAGAAGAGAUGAACCAGAAGAUGCUGGACUUUGAGACCUUCCUCCCCAUGCUGCAGCACAUCACCAGGAACAAGGACCAAGGCACAUAUGAGGACUUUGUAGAAGGUUUGAAAGUCUUUGACAAGGAAGGAAAUGGCACUGUCAUGGGAGCUGAGCUCCGUCACGUGCUAGCAACACUGGGUGAGAAGAUGUCAGAAAGUGAGGUAGAGCAGCUGCUGGCGGGUCACGAGGACUCAAAUGGAUGUGUCAAUUAUGAAGCUUUUGCGAAACACAUCUUAUCAGGAUGAAGCAUUGUGUUCUGAGUGUGAGCAUUGCAAUUGCUAAUAAACACCAGGAGCAGCAAACAGUAAAAUCUUUACAACAACAACAACCUUUCUUGAUGACACUCCGUGAGUGAGAAGCCGUUGCAUGUCACUGGCAAGAUCCACUCAAUCCCGUUGUUCGCACUGAAUACAUCUGCACCCCAGUGUGCAUUGACUAGUGUGUGCUUCACCACACUCAACCUGUCUCAUUAUCCAGUACAUUUUUAAUUUCUAUGAGUUUUUACCCCAAAUUAAAUGCAACAAAAGACCUUUCCA